AUGGAACAAACAUUCAAGUCAGACUCUACCUUACCAAACACUGAAGUUCCAGUUCCUAUUAAGGUAGGAACACAUCAUGAAAAACUAGAGAAAUUCAAUGGAGAUGACUUUAAAAGGUGGCAACAAAAUAUGUUAUUUUAUCUCACCACCCUCAGCCUUGUUCAUGUCCUAAAGAAGGAAUGCCCCAAAGCACCAGAACAUCCAACAAAUGAGACAUUCAAUGUUAUAGAGGCCUGGAAGCAUUUAGACUUCUUAUACAGAAACUACAUUCUCAAUGACCUGGUUGACUCCCUUUACAACGUCUACUCUUCAUUCACUACAACAAGAGGGUUGUGGGAGACACUUGAGAAGAAGUACAAGACUGAAGAUGCUGGAACAAAGAAAUUCAUUGUUAGUAAGUUUUUAGAUUUCAAAAUGAUUGAUUCUAUUACUGUUAUUAAUCAAGUUGAAGAACUUCAAAUCCUCAUCAAUAAAAUCCAUGUUGAGGGAAUGAUGAUCAAUGAAGCAUUUCAAUUUGCUUCCAUCAUUGAAAAGUUAUCUCCUUCAUGGAAGGACUUUAAGAACUAUCUGAAACAUAAACGCAAGGAAUUUUUUAUGGAGGAUUUGAUAGUAAGGCUUAGGAUUGAAGCAUACAACAAAAAGAAUGCUAAAUUUGUUGGCAAGUCAUUCAUGGAAGCCAAGGCCCAUAUUGUGGAAGGAGAGUGCUCCAAGAAGAGGAAACUUCUCUUCAACAAUUGA